AUGCAAUUUCCCUCAAUCUUGGUUUUUUGCCCUAGAAUUCCUUCCAUCGCUACAUACCUUUCCAAGCUAAAAACCCUUCAUACAACAAGGAAGAAAGCAUUAGCCAUAGUUUACCAUCUGUAUCCAUUUUCUUGCGCCAAGGAAGAAAGCAUUAGCCAGAGCUUCCCUUCACUACUUUCCUUCCUUCGCUUUCUUGUCCCAGAAAAACCCCAAAUUCUACUGCUCCAUUGCACCAAAGCUCAGUUCUUUCAAAAUGGAUCUCUGGGAUUCCUUUCUCAAUUGGCGCCAGAGGUUACCAGUUGCAAGCACAAGUUUCAUUUGUAUUCUUGGAUGUGGCAUUGCUGGACCUGCUGGUGGCUGGUGGAGUUGCUGGACCCGCUGGUGGCUGGUGGCAUUGCUGGACCUUCAUAUUUCCUGACAUGAUGAUGGACUUGAGAUUUUUGAGGGAGCAUCUAUUGUUGUAAUUGACUGACAUAAUUUUUAACUUGUUGGUUGCUGGUUGUAGUAGAAUUUAUGGCAUGUA